AGCAGGAGCAAGCGGGACAUGGUGGCACGGUUCCUCCAGGAGCCCAGCACCUUCGGGUCAGUGAUGGACUGGAAGUCUCAGACCUUGGAGCAGGUUGACAGGUUCAUCUUCUUCCUGCCCAAAGAGGUCAUCCAGCUCAUCCCCUCGGGGCUGGUGACACUGGAGCGCAUAGAGCGCCUCUUCCUGAACCAGCAGCAGUGGGAGACGGGGCCGGUGGGCCUACUCUGUAGGCAGGCCAGUGAUCAGACCGAGCUGCAGAGGAUGUUCGAGAGGCAGCAGUUUGUGCUCCAGUUCUUCCUGGGCUUCCUGAGGGCAGGCCGCGCGUCGGCGAUGCUCAUUCCCAGCUGCGAGAACCUGCACGCGGUGCCGCCCUCAGCCUGGAGUCUGGACAGCCUGCUGGGCAUGUCUGCAGGAGCCUUCAGCAGCUGCCUGGAGCUGAUUGGCCAGGACCCUUUCCUCAGGCACUAUGAACUGACGCAGCUCCUAAGCAAAGUCAAAAAGACCUACGGACCAGCGUCCUCCUUCUCUACCUCGGUGGUUUCUCAGCUUGGGCGCUUGGCUUUGCGGCUGACAGAGGAGGAGCUUGGUUUGCUCAGCCUGACGGAGCUGAGCUCCAUCUCCGCGCUUGGGGCCAUCGGUGACUGGAGCACCAGACAGCUGUCUGUCCUCUUCUCAUCGGUGCUGAACUCGACCAGACUGACCCCCAGCCAGCUGGACUCCAGUACCCUGGUGGCCCUGGGCCACAUAGUGUGUGGGAUCAAGACCUUGGACAUGCGGAACCUGAACGCGGUGGAGUUUGGUAAGGCAGUGCUGUGGUUGGGGAGUCUCAGGCUGUCCUGCUCAGAGGAGCAGCUCCAGGUCCUGGUGGCGCUCUUGAGCCACAGUCUGGCCUUUGGGCCAAUCAGCUCUUGGGGUCCUGAAGUGUUCAUUGAGAUUGGAGCUUUGGCAGCCGGGCUCCCAGACAUGGCCAUGUCAGCGCUGGUGAAGGACCAGAUAGAGGGCAUCACCCCAUUGGCUGUCUCUCUCAUUCCUGACCAAAAAUUUGCUGUGGUGUUUGACCAGGCCCAGAUCCGCAUGUUCUCCUACGAACAGGCCAUCGCGGUGACCGAGGCUCAGCGGUCUGUCCUAACCACAGUGCAGCAGACCGCAUUGGCCAUGGUUCUGACCCCCUGGGAGGACAAACCAGUUGACUUCCGUGGCAGGUCCUCCACCACCACGCUACGCCCUUGUCAUUGCUCCCUCUUUCUUGAACUGCUGAUACUCCUAAUAAUGUUCUGGCCUCCUUUCUGAAGGACACCACGCGUCUGCUGCGUUACCGCCCCACCCGCUCCGCACAACAUAGCCUUCUGUAUAGAAAUCCAAGGGCUGCUGAGCAAUCGCUAUAUUACUGCUUUUUAUUAGAUACUAUAUAAUUGCAUCAAUAGGACUCACGUUAUUAUCACAAAAUAGUAUUGAUUAUGUGAACCACAAUAUUAUAUGGAUUCUGCGAUGAAGAUGAGGUCAAAAUGAAUAAGCAGCUAUCUGAGUAAUUAUUGAUGCAAAACAUGGUAUAUAUAAUUUCCAAAAUACAUCUAUUUAGGUCUAAGUUGUUUUGUAUAUAGAUUUGAAAAAGUACUAAGUAAACAUGAUGCAAUGACGUUUGGAUUUAAAAUCCUCUGAUGCAAUUCAACCUACUGAAGCACUCAUUAACAAAUCGUUAGCUGUUACCAAGAUAUGACCACUGCCCCCCCCCCCCCCCCAUUGUGUUUCCUAAUUCCUGAGUUAGAGAACACUCUCUCACAAAAAUACUUUUAUUUUCGCUAAACUCAUUAACUAACGCCUUAAAUGCAUUACUUAUAUUUCAGUGUGAAAUUUAUCCCUAGUAUAUGAUAAUGUACAAUGAAAUGGAAUUGAACCGAGUUGCUAAAAUCUUAUGGCGAUUCGUAGUCAUAAAGAGUGAAUAAAUGGGAAACAGGUUUUUCUUGUUUGUGUAUAUUUUGGUAACUUUUAAAGAGAAAUGUCUAAUUUAUUUGGAAGCGCAAGUGAUGUUUAUUUAAGAAAGUGCU